CACUUUACCGGUCAUUAUUACUCUGGCUCGCGCUCUCUCGCUGUCAAACAAACCCUCUCUCCCACUCUCUCUCUCUUUCUCCUCCUCUCACGCGCUCUCUCGUGCGUGGCUCAGUCGCUUUCAGCUGCUCAGCUCAACAUGUUGGCUGGAGAAUGCUGCGUGCGGCGGCGAUCUCCAUCCUGCCCUGGCGCGGGACGCAUCCAUCCCACCCGCCGCAGCUGAGCACUCUUUCAGAAGAGGACGAGCCGGAACGGCCGGACCAGGAGGAAGAAGAGGAAGAGGAAGGUUCGAGCGCCGGGGUCUGCUCGGACCCCAUGUUCCAGCCGCAGAGAACUUACCUGCUGGAUGCUUCAGAGGACAUGGUGGUGUCGCCCGGGGGGCUGAAGUCUCCGGACUGGGUGUACGAGUCGUACUACCGCAUGAGCCAGCAGCAUCCCCUCAUCGUGUUCCUUCUCCUCAUUGUCAUGGGAGCGUGCCUGGCUCUGCUGGCUGUGUUCUUCGCCUCUGGACUGGACAUGGAAGACCACAUGGCCUUCAUCAUCACCGUGCCCACGACCCUGGCCAUUUUCCUCGCCAUCUUCAUCCUUGUGUGCAUCGAGUCCAUCUUCAAAAAGCUUCUCCGCCUCUUUUCCCUGCUCAUCUGGGGCUGUCUGGUUGCCAUGGGUUACCUCUUCAUGUUCUUCGGCGGGAUCAUCUGUCCGUGGGACCAGGUGUCAUUUUUCCUCUUUAUUGUGUUUGUGGUUUUCACCAUGCUGCCGUUCUCCAUGAGGGAUGCCGUGAUCGCCAGCGUCCUCACUUCAUCUUCCCACACGCUAGUGCUUAGCAUCUGUCUCUCAAACACCAGCGACCACACGGAAGCCCUCGUCUGGCAGAUCUUAGCCAACAUCAUCAUCUUUAUCUGUGGAAAUGUGGCUGGGGCCUAUCACAAACACCUGAUGGAUCUCGCUCUUAAACAGACCUAUCACGACACCUGCAAUUGUAUUAAAUCUCCCAUCAAGCUGGAGUUUGAGAAGCAUCAGCAGGAACGCCUUUUGCUGUCCCUGCUCCCCGCCCACAUCGCAAGAGUGAUGAAGGCCGAGAUCAUCCAGAGGCUAAAGGGGCCAAACUUCGGCCAGGCUGAAAACACCAACAACUUCCACAAUCUGUAUGUACAGAGACACACCAAUGUCAGCAUAUUGUAUGCAGACAUAGUUGGGUUCACUCGUCUAGCCAGUGACUGUUCACCAGGAGAACUGGUCUAUAUGCUGAAUGAGCUCUUCGGCAAAUUUGACCAGAUUGCCAAGGAAAAUGACUGCAUGCGGAUCAAGAUCUUGGGUGACUGUUAUUACUGCGUGUCUGGGCUGCCUGACCCUCUGACCGAUCACGCUAACAACUGUGUGAAGAUGGGGCUGGAUAUGUGUGGGGCCAUCAAAAAGGUGAGAGAUGCCACCGGGGUCGACAUUAACAUGCGUGUCGGAGUGCAUUCUGGAAAUGUCCUCUGCGGCGUGAUCGGCCUCCAGAAAUGGCAGUAUGAUGUUUGGUCACAUGACGUCACCCUGGCCAAUCACAUGGAGGCAGGGGGUGUACCUGGGCGAGUUCACAUCUCCUCUGUUACCCUGGAGCAUUUGAAAGGGGCGUACAAAGUCGAGCAGGGGCACGGGCAGAGCCGAGACUCCUACCUGAAAGAACACGGCAUCAUCACAUACCUAGUCAUCAACCCAAAGGCAGAGAAACGGAGUCCCCCGCUCCCUAGCCGACUUCGACCCUCUCUGGAUGGGGCCAAGACGAGGGCAACGGUCCGCAUGACGCAGUACCUCGAAUCGUGGGGGGCGGCCAAGCCCUUUGCCAACCUCCAUCACAGAGACAGCAUGACCAAUGAGAACGGCAAGAUCAAUACGCAUGAUGUGCCGUUAGGGCAGUACAGCUUUCAACUAAGGUCAGAAAGAACAAAAUCACAGAAGAAAAGAUUUGAAGAGGAGUUGAAUGAAAGAAUUAUUCGCACCAUCGAUGGCAUCAAUUCACAAAAGCAGUGGCUGAAGUCAGAAGACAUUCAGAGGAUUUCACUGUUCUUUCACAAUAAGACGUUAGAAAAAGAGUAUAGAGCAACAACUCUGCCAGCCUUCAAAUAUUACGUCACCUGCGCGUGUCUUGUUUUCUUCUGCAUCUUCGUGGUUCAGGUUUUAGUUUUGCCAAAAACGACCAUCCUUGGGGUAUCGUUUGGAACGGCCUUUUUGCUGCUCGCCUUCGUCCUCUGCAUUUGUUUUGCAGGACAUAUGCUGCAAUGGGGUAAAGCAUCCUCCUGCACAAUGCCCCGGCUCCCCGGCUCCUCUAAAGUCAUCACCAACAAGCCCUGGAUAAGACUUGCGCUCACCAUGGCAACCACUGCACUUAUCCUGGUAAUGGCCGUGUUCAACAUGUUCUUCAUGGGCGAUGACAUAACGCCACUUAACGACAGCAGCUCUCCAAACAACAAGUUCUACCUGCCAUACUUCAUCUACAGCUGCAUUCUGGGAUUGAUCUCAUGCUCUGUGUUCCUGAGGAUAAACUAUGAGCUGAAGAUGGUCAUCAUGACUGCUGCUGUAGUGGCUUAUAAUAUCAUCAUUCUUCAGACUCAUGCCCCAAUACUGGACCAUUACAGCAUGGCGCUCUACAAUAGCACACGACGACCAGGUGUCCUUAAAGAUUUGAAGACCAUGGGCUCUGUAUCAUUGUUCAUUUUCUUCAUCACUUUGCUUGUGUUGGCGAGGCAGAAUGAAUAUUACUGUAGGUUAGACUUCCUCUGGAGGAACAAGUUUAAGAAGGAGUGCGAGGAGAUCGAGACCAUGGAGAACCUGAACCGGGUGCUUUUGGAGAACGUUCUACCCGCUCACGUGGCUGAACAUUUCUUGGGUCGUAACUGGAAGAAUGAGGACCUCUACCACCAGUCAUACGAUCUGGUGUGCGUCAUGUUCGCCUCUAUCCCAGAUUUCAAGGAAUUUUACACAGAAUCAGACGUUAAUAAGGAGGGUUUGGAGUGUCUCCGACUCCUCAAUGAGAUCAUAGCAGAUUUUGAUGAGUUGCUGUCUAAACCCAAAUUCAGUGGUGUGGAGAAGAUCAAAACCAUUGGAAGCACAUAUAUGGCUGCCACCGGGCUGAACGUGACCCCUGGACCAGAAUAUGCAUAUGAUCAUGACCGGCAGUAUAUGCACAUUGGAACAAUGGUAGAGUUUGCAUUUGCUUUGGUGGGGAAGCUUGACGUCAUCAACAAGCAUUCCUUUAAUGACUUCAGAUUGCGAGUGGGAAGUUUCCUGCCUCUCUUAUCAGGAAUAAACCACGGGCCGGUAAUCGCGGGUGUAAUUGGAGCGCAAAAACCGCAGUAUGAUAUCUGGGGUAACACUGUAAACGUGGCCAGUCGAAUGGAAAGCACAGGAGUACUGGGGAAGAUACAGGUCACAGAGGAGACAAGUCGGAUCUUACAGACGUUGGGGUACGUGUGUUCCUGUCGAGGGAUCAUCAAUGUUAAAGGAAAGGGGGAACUCAAGACCUUCUUUGUUCACACUGAGAUGACCAGAUCUUUAUCACAAGGGAAUGUAAUGCCUUGAACCUCAAACGUACACAAGUCAAAUAAUCGUUUUCAUCAAGAUAGCGAUUAAAUACAGUUGUACAGUACAUGUACAGUUAAAUACACCACUUAUAUAUUGAAAACACAAUGUAGGCCUAUUAUAGUUGAGCUCUACAGUGCAAGAUUUCUUCGCAUUGCUUUAUAAGUAAUGGAUUGCUAAGUGUAACUGUGUUUUGCCCAAUCUAUUUAAAACAGCAAAAGUUUUUUUGUAAAAUAAAGAAAUAUUUACAAAAGGUGGCAAAGUUUUAAUGCUAUCACUUUGUUAUCCAUUAAAAAUUUCUAGAGAAAUGUCAAA